AUGCUCAUUUACACAGAGUCUGACCGGGAGCCGACGGUGAUGAAAGACGGAACAAGCUGUCCCAAUGCAGGCGGUCCGCGGGCGUUUAUGCUCGAUUCAGCUACUACGGUGCGAUCUACUCCAAAACUCUUGGAAGUCGCACCUUUGAGGAGCCACCGAUUCACGUGUCGUCCAGGAAAGCCCUGUAGUGUUGUUGUCACAGGAUAUGGCCUCCAAGAAAGCGACCAUGUAACAAUCCUUCCUGCUGACGGAUCCUGUCCACCGGAGGAUCUCGGACAGGCAGUUCAAGAGCAAGUGAUCAGCUCAAAGCGUCAGAUUCGCACCUCCAGCAAAACCACUUACGACUAUUCAGUAAGGCCACAAAACGAACAGACCAUCAUGACUGUAUUCGACUUGAAGCCCUUGGACGAAGGCAAGUACAUUGUCUGCUAUGCAACGAGCCGGUCGACUCGCGGAGAAGAUCCGGUUGCCAAAGACUUCCACUACAAAGCAGGUGAAAUCGGUAAGGAUGUAAUGCGUAGCCACAACACAAGUUGGAACCUGGCUACAGAUAAUGCCUCACAAAGCAUGUAG